GCUUGGUUAUAUCGAAUUAGAACCAUGAAUCGCCAAAUUCACGGAGCUGUAUCUUCUUCCUCUAAACCCACCUCCUCAAAAACCCAACAUCCUCUCUCCGAUUCCAACUUAGAACCAGCCAAUGGAGCUUCUGGGUCGGUGACUCGAGUGUAUACCCGGAAGAAAAGGCUAAAGCAGGAAGCUUUGGAGCCUCUGGAGAUAAAUCCCGGCAAAGGAGUCAAUACCCACAAACAGCUAUGUGGUUUACCCGAUAUAGAAGAAUUUGCGUACAAAAGGAAUAUUGGAUCUCCUUCAUCUAGGAGGUCAACGGAAACUAGCAUCACUGUGACUUCAGUCAAAACAGAAGGAAAUCCGCCUGAAAACUGGGUAGAAGUGCUCGAGGGUAUUCGUCAAAUGAGAUCUUCUGAAGAUGCACCAGUUGAUUCUAUGGGAUGUGAUAAGGCCGGAAGCUUUCUACCUCCUACGGAAAGAAGAUUUGCUGUCUUGCUAGGCGCACUUCUCUCAAGUCAGACAAAAGAUCAAGUUAAUAACGCGGCAAUACAUCGUCUUCAUCAAAACGGCCUUCUUACGCCCGAAGCCGUUGACAAAGCUGAUGAAUCAACCAUAAGAGAAUUGAUCUAUCCGGUUGGAUUUUAUACAAGGAAGGCUACAUAUAUGAAGAAAAUAGCUAGAAUUUGCCUAGUGAAAUAUACCGGAGACAUUCCAAGCUCUUUGGACGACCUGCUGUCUCUUCCAGGGAUUGGUCCCAAGAUGGCCCAUCUGAUUCUGCAUAUAGCAUGGAAUGAUGUCCAAGGUAUAUGUGUAGAUACACAUGUGCAUCGCAUUUGCAAUCGACUUGGUUGGGUGUCUCGUCCAGGAACCAAACAGAAAACUACAUCUCCAGAGGAAACAAGAGUAGCUUUGCAACAAUGGCUUCCAAAGGAAGAAUGGGUUGCCAUUAACCCGCUUUUGCGACAACGCCGGUGCGGCAUGACGGUCGCGGCGGGGAUCGGCUAUGCGCUGGUGGCUUUGGGACCGUCUCUUUCACUUUUCGUCUCUGUCAUCUCCAGAAAGCCCUUUCUCAUCCUCACUGUUCUCUCCAGUACGUUGCUGUGGCUUGUGAGUCUGAUCAUCUUGUCGGGAUUAUGGAGACCAUUUCUUCCUCUCAAAGCCAAUGUGUGGUGGCCUUAUGCUUUACUUGUUCUCACCUCUGUCUGUAUCCAGGAAGGCCUUCGCUUUCUGUUCUGGAAGGUUUACAAGAGGCUUGAGGAUGUCUUGGAUUCCUUUGCGGAUCGUAUCUCAAGGCCCCGCCUGUUUCUCACUGAUAAGCUGCAGAUUGCUCUAGCUGGUGGCUUAGGUCAUGGUGUGGCACAUGCUGUCUUCUUUUGUUUGAGCCUCUUAACUCCAGCGUUUGGUCCGGCCACAUUCUAUGUCGAAAGAUGUUCGAAGGUGCCAUUUUUUCUCAUCUCUGCAAUCAUUGCUCUUGCAUUUGUUACGAUCCACACAUUCUCGAUGGUCAUUGCUUUCGAAGGGUAUGCAAAAGGGAACAAAGUAGAUCAAGUAAUGGUUCCAGUCAUACACCUUGCUGCUGGAAUGUUGACAUUGGUGAAUUUUGCAUCGGAAGGUUGUGUAAUCGGCAUUCCUCUUCUUUACCUUGUGGCAUCUUUGACUCUUGUGCAUUGUGGAAAAAUGGUUUGGCAAAGGUUGUUGGAAAGCCGGAACCAAAGCAGCGCUUCACGGUAAUCUGGCCUUGGUCUCAGGUCUCAUCUAAAAUUACACUAGAACAGUCGUUAGCAUCAAUUUAUCUCCUGACUUGGUUUCUUGUUUGCAAUUCUCAUUCGUCUUUAUCCCCUAAUUGCUUCGAAACUUAAAGCGUCAUGUUUUAAACGCACUUAUGAUCCUAAAUUAUCAAAAAAGCGGAAAUUUUUUU